CCCAAGCUGCGGACCCAGGAUUUGAGCCCGCCACACUGCUUCGCUCAUCAAGGAAGGAAGGAUCGGAAGGCCCGCAAGAAGCGCAAGUAUAGACGCCGGGAGAAAUUCACCUACGUUUACAAGGUCCUGAAGCAGGUCCACUCUUUCACCAGCACCUCAGUCAAGGCCAUGGAAAUCACGGAUUCAUUUGUCGACGACGUGUUCGAGUGCAUCGCCAGCGAGGCCUCCCGUGUGGCGUGCUCUAACAAGAACUUGACCGUCACGUCCCGGGAGAUCAAGGUGGCUGUGUGCCCGAUACUUCCCUGAGCGCACCAAGGCCCUCACCUCACCUCGAAGAGAGAGGCCAGUGUGAGAUCCCUCCUGCACCCAACCCAGAGGCACACACACUUCUUGAA